AUGGAUGUGUCCGACGACCGCUUCUACGGCUCCCAGACGCCGGACCGCUCCGACACCAACAGUCCGCGCUCGCAGAUGAGCAGCCCCAACUCGGCCUCCUCCAUCAAUGUCACCGACCAGUCGCUGUCCAUGUCGCAACACCAGCAGAACCUGGAGACGCUCAACCGAAUGGGGAUGUUCUUCCAUGCCCAGCAGAUGCAUCUCAACCAGAGUUUCGACGCGGUCAAGUCUAGGUUAGGGCUGACUCAAGUGCCUAGUGUUAGUCAGGGUCCGCGGCAUACGAUAGACGCGAUCUUGGGACUGAACGCGGGCAGACAGAGAGUGAGUGAGUUCGAGCACAGACGCGAGGAGCGGGAAAGAGACUGCGAGCCCGUGCCCGUGUCGCCCGGGGCCGUCGAAAGUGCCGGCGAGGGUUCUUGCAACAGCAACGACGGAUACCACCCCCAGGACAAAUCGGACGACGAAGGUCCGCCGGCUAGCGCGGAGGACAAAAAGAAGCAUCGCCGCAACCGCACCACCUUCACCACUUACCAGCUGCACGAGCUGGAGCGGGCCUUCGAGAAGAGCCACUACCCAGAUGUGUACUCGAGGGAGGAGCUCGCCAUGAAGGUUAACUUGCCGGAAGUUAGGGUCCAGGUAUGGUUCCAAAACCGCCGCGCCAAAUGGAGACGCCAAGAGAAGAUGGAGGCAGCUAGACUGGGUCUCUCGGAGUACGGGUGCGCGCCUCCGCGGCUCUCUGCCCUCGGGCUGCCUGUUGACCCCUGGCUCGCUCCACCGUUGCUUACAGCUUUACCGGGUUUCCUUAGCCACCCCCCCUCAGGAUACCCGAGCUACCUGACUCCCCCCGCGCCGGUGACCCCCGCGCCCGCGCCCCCCGACCCGCGCUCUACUUCCAUAGCAGCACUCAGGAUGAAGGCCAAGGAACACGUCGAGAGUCUAAGCAAAGGUCUGCAGAUGGUGUAA